AUUCAGAUUUGUUUAUAUGAUUUGUGAUGAUUAGAGAUAAGAGUGGGUAUUUGGGGUGUAUAAGUGAUUGAUUUAGGGGCUGUGAUAUAGUUCAGUGGUCAAUAAUGUGCUUAGCAUGUGCAAGAUCCUUGGCCAAAGCCCUAGGAUGGUGGGGGAGCUGACUUUGCUCAUAUUCAUUUCUUCUUUUCUCCUCCUCCUCCUUCUCCUUUCUUCUUUUUCUUUGUCUUCUUCCAUCUAGGAGCUUGAGUUCCUUUUUUCUUUCCUUAAAUUCAUUUUGCACUACAUCUAAGCAUAUUCAAUUGCUGUAAUCAGAAAGAAAAGAACCUCGCUAUUGAAGCCUCAAUAUUUAUCCAAUAAUAUGCAUGUUCUCUGAAGCAACGGCAAACGAGGAAAAGAGACUUAUCGAGAUUUGAUCACAAGAAUCACUUCCAAAAUCAAACUCCACAUUCCUAUGUCAUGUCUGGAGAUUUGAUUCAGUUACUUGCACAUUAGUAUUUCCUUUCAAGUUUGUGUUUUUCACUUAGGAAUUUGAUCUUAAUGUAAUUCAUUGUAAAUUUGGGGAUUGGACACAAUUCUUCAACUGUUGGGAAAGGAGUUCUUCUUAACAGGUGCCUAAAUUUGUCUUGAAGGCAAGAAAAAUAUUUGAGUGUUUUGAGUAGUAUUUAUGCUUAUGGAAUUCCAAACUCAAAAGAGAAAAAAAUCUAAGGCACUACACUUGAACUAGAAUUAGAUUAUUCAAAAUGCUGCAAGGCAUUUGAUUGGCAAGGAGAGUUUGUUUUGAGUUUUUAAGCACAGUCUAAACUAGUUGGGAGCUGUGAACUGAGCUCUUGAAGAAGAAAAAGAAAAGGUUGGCUCUGAAAGUUGCAUGUCACUGGAAGUUCAGUUAGGAUGCAACAUAUAGUUAAUUUAAAUAAGAUAAAGAGAAAAUGCGCUCACAUCUCAUGCCAUCAAAUUCUUAAGGGUAAAUGCGCAUUUAACAAUCCUUGUGAUGCAUCUAUAUUAUAACUAGAAAUAAUUUAGGGCAUUGGCCAUUUUUAUUUCAAAUGUGCCCUAAAUGGUUUUGAAUGCCCCUUCUCUGGCAAUUAUGCAUGUGUCUGAUUGAAGAUGGUAUGUGGCGUCAUUUCUCCACUUUCAAGUUUUCCCAUACCACUUGGUGGGGCUAUUUUUCUACGUGGUUUUGAGGAAAUACUUGCCUGGUUCUUCUACUUAGUGUUUCUCUGAUAGGAAAAGACAAGCCUUUUAAUUUGACAUUACUGGGUUAAUAGCUAUGCUACAGAUCUCAUAUCUGGGGGGGCUUUGUUCAAUAGCAACACUGGAAAACAGACAAAUUCUAAACUCGUAAACUCCUUUGUUGGUUGUAUCCCAACAUAGAUCUGUCUUUCUAAUCCCAUUGAGUCUGCAAAGGCUUCUGGUUGCAAUUCUAUAAGUGGACUCUGGGCGCCGCUGUUGUCCAAUAGCUGUAAGCGCUGACUUCCAGGCUCUACCAGUAGAAAUUGUGAACGAUCACUGAAGGCUUAAAGAGUGGGGGGACUUGAAUUUUCUGCUUAGCAAAUCAUAUUAGAGACUGUGGUAUCCUCAAACUUGGAGUGAGCGUUUGGGUUUUCUUCGUGGUGGAAGUAGUUCGUGAAGCCUCUUCCCUUCACCCGGAAGGCUAUGAGAAGGAUGCAGCGCAGCGUGAACCUGGGGAACAGGACCCCGUGGAGGCAAGUACUCUUUCCGUUCUUGCUGCCUUUGUUCUGCACGGGGCUUUCGGAGCAAGUCCGGUAUUCUAUUCCGGAAGAAAUGGCCAUGGGCUCGGUUGUGGGAAACCUUGCUGAGGACCUGGGACUGCCUGUUCGGGAUUUACUGACUCGGAAUCUCAGAGUUAUCUCAGAGAAACCGUAUCUCACUGUGAACCCUGAGAACGGGAACAUAGUUGUGAGCGACAGGAUAGAUCGCGAGUUACUGUGCUUCCAAAGCCCUCUGUGUGUCCUGCCCUUAGAGAUUGUGGCAGAAAAUCCCCUAAACGUCUUUCACGUCAGCGUGGUGAUAGAAGAUAUAAAUGAUAAUCCGCCCCAUUUCCUCCAAAACAGUAUUGUUUUACAAAUCAAUGAACUUGCGAUUCCAGGCACUAGGUUUGGCCUGGAAUCUGCCAUAGAUGAAGAUGUAGGACCACACUCUCUCCAGAGUUACCAGCUCAGUUUGAACGAGCAUUUCUCUCUGGCGGUGAAGGACAAGGCUGACGGCAAGGAUGCCCCAGAAUUAGUGUUAGAGAGGCCUCUAGACAGGGAAAGGCAGAGCUCCCAGCUCUUGAUCCUGACAGCAGUGGAUGGGGGAGAACCAGUACUAACCGGCACUACUCAGAUUAAAAUCGAGGUCACUGAUGCCAAUGAUAACGCCCCAGUGUUCAGCCAAAAUAUGUACAAAGUCAGUCUUAGAGAGAACAUGCCCUCAGGCACCUUUGUGCUAAAGGUGAUGGCCACUGACCAGGAUGAGGGUGUCAAUGCAGAGGUCACCUACUCCUUCAAAUCACUAGGAGACGAUAUUAGAAAUAACUUCAUCCUAGAUCAUCAAAGUGGAGAAAUUAAAUCUGAAGGCCCUAUAGACUUUGAAACCAAGAAGACUUAUACCAUGAGCGUAGAGGCCAAGGAUGGUGGAGGCAUGGCCACAGAAUGUAAAGUUGUAAUAGAAAUUCUCGAUGAAAACGACAAUGCCCCAGAAGCGGUUUUUACUUCGGUGUCCAAUUCUAUAGCCGAGGAUGCAGAACCUGGGACAGUAGUGGCUCUGUUCAAAACAUACGAUAAAGAUUCUGAAGAAAAUGGAAGAGUGACGUGCUUCAUAAAAGAAACGGUUCCUUUUAGAAUUGAAUCUUCCGCCAGUAAUUAUUAUAAGCUUGUAACAGAUGGAGUCCUGGACCGGGAGCAGACUCCAGAGUACAACGUCACCAUCAUCUCCACUGAUGAAGGCAAGCCACCCCUCUCCUCCAGCACAAGCGUCACCCUGCAUGUUGGGGACAUCAACGACAAUGCUCCAGUUUUCCAUCGGGCCUCCUAUUUGAUUCAAGUGGCUGAAAACAACCCGCCUGGUGCUUCCAUUGCUCAAGUCAGCGCCUCGGACCCAGAUUUGGGGCCCAAUGGCCAUGUUUCUUAUUCCAUCAUAGCCAGCGACCUGGAACCUAAAUCGCUGUGGUCCUACGUGUCGGUGAACCAGGCCAGCGAUCCCGGGCUCUUCAGCCUGGGGCUGCGCACUGGCGAGGUGCGCACAGCGCGUGCCUUGGGCGACAGGGACGCGGCGCGGCAGCGCCUUCUGGUCGCUGUACGCGAUGGUGGACAGCCACCGCUCUCGGCUACAGCCACGCUGCACCUGAUCUUUGCUGACAGCCUGCAGGAAGCCCUACCAGAACUCAGCGAUGAUCCUCUGCCCUCUGACCCCCAGAUCCCACAGUCCUGCAGUCUCGGGCUGCUUUCAGUCUGGCGUCUGCUGUAA